AUGAUCCAGUUACUACUUCCUCCCGCUCACACUCCCCCCCGUCCCCGCAUCCACAAGUCACCGACCACCCCUCCCCCUGCCACCCUUUCAAAGUGCGCCCCUCAGCCUCACCAGGCCCGCUCCAACAUAUCUACCUCCCGCAUCCCGCCGUACCUGCGUAACCUCGCCUUUUCCCCUUUCCCCCCUUCCUUUGCUUCCGCUCUCCAUCGACCCAUCUUCCACUCCCCCGGAAUCUCGACCAUGUCGAGCGCAUUUCGUCCAGUAAACUCUCCAUUACCGAAUGCCGAUGCGAAUACCAACAUGACCUCUCCCACGACGCCCCGUUCAGCCGGUGCGUCGCUCACCGACCAGGCUCGGCAUGUCGACGAUGCCACGACCCCGACUAGGGCAUCCUUCAACCCUUCUCUCUCCACGCAAAAACCCCUCCCCACGUCUCCCUUUCCACAGGCUGUCCAGGUACCAAACUCGGCACUAUCCAGCAAUAGUCUGAACGAUAGAGAUGGAUAUUCUCAGGUGAAAAAUGAAGACAUCGAGAUGGAAGGCUCAUCGGCUGGCCCGACCGACCCUACCAUGGGCGGCACCGAACCUAGCAUCCAGGAAGAACCUGGCUCCGACGAGGAUAGCGUAAAUGCCGACGGUUCGAGAUCGAACAAGAAGAAAAAGUCUCAGCGAUUCUACUGCACCGAUUACCCACCCUGCAACCUAAGUUUCACGAGAAGCGAACACCUCGCUCGACACAUCAGAUUGGACAACCUCCGCCAACACGCCCAGACCGUGCACAUCAACGAGGAUAUUCCCAUCGACUCAUUAGCCGCCACCGGCUCCAGGUACCAGCGACAAAUUCGCACAGACCGAGUACGACCGAAUGGCAGAGCAAGAGCAACCACCACCGGCACGGUCGGUGGUCCGGUUCGUGGUCACUCGAAGAGUCUGUCGACAUCUAGCAUCGCAAGCAUUGGUUCUGUUGGAUCCGUAUUCGGCGCUCGAGGAGAAGACUUGCGGCGAAGGCCACCACCUCUUGUAAUGGCCGACCAUAGGGUAAUGGCCGAUCACAGGCCUAGGUUAUCCAUGGAGUCGUACGGCAGCACCGGUGACAGCUCCUAUACUUCCUACCGACACCCCUCUCCUGGCGAUUUUAGUACACCCACUUCGGCAACCUUUUCCACGAACCAAAGUAGCCCCAGGUGGUCUACGAUGGCCUCUCCUACGUCAUCGCACUCCCGGUCGCAGAGUAUGUACGCCGAUACCAGGAUACCUGGCGGUCGUCGUCUUAGCGUUCCUUCGGGUGUCAGUCCAUUCCACGCUCAGCCCGGUGCCGUUCCUGGUCGGCCGAUAAUGGUGCCUGCUGGAAUGACCCAUCCAAACCAAGGGCCUUAUUCUCCAGUUGGACAUAAUCUUGUCACCCCUCCGUCGUCAGGCUUUUCUAGCAGGAGGGAUUCCUUCUCUACUGCCGUCUCAACGACUGAUGAGGCGUGGCGCAGGCGAACCUGGCAUCCAGACUCUCGUAACUUCGCUGCCCCUACAAGUACGCUGAACAGUGUUGCGAACUCUGACAACAUCCACCUCAACCCACCUGCUCCCCUCGCUGAUACUCCGCCAAACCGCAAUUCUAACAUUCGCCUGCCCGGUAUCGAGUCGUUUGAUACUGUUGCGCAUCCUGUGACGCCGCCGAGGAGGCCUGGAUCGCCGAUGAUGGUCGACGCCGACAUGUCGAGCCCGCAACGCCCGAUUGAUGAUGAAAGGAGGAAUCAAACCCAGUGGGAUAUGGCGCUGCACCGCGGACUUCAUCGCCUUGACAUUUCAAAGAACAACACGCCUCCUCGUGAUAGCGCCGGAUCUUGGGCGAACGAGACUGAGCGUGCGGUGCAGGCUCAGGCCGAGCAGGUCAGAGCCAACCCUCCCACAGUUAGAUUCCAGGUUGAGCCGGCACCUGCUGCCCCGCCUCCGCCACCUCAGACAGCGCCCAGAGGGUAUCACCAGCACACACUCUCGGCACCAUCCAUCACCACCCCUAGGGAGUCGAAGCGGCAUGGCUGGUACCACGGCCCGAUGAACAUCCAUAGCGAAGCCCAGAUGCAUCCCGAGCACCAUGUAGACCCACGACAGCAGAGGGUUGACCGCAUGGUCCACCCUAAUAUUGCCGCGUUUUCGGGUUUUCCAGCACGCGAACCGGCCCCACCACCACCUAAUCCCCAGCAAUCCGGGCCGGCCAGCCCAGACUCGCUCAGGAGACUGGAAGCACUGGUUGCAGUUGCGACUAGCGAGGGCAAGACUGCUGCCGCCUAUUAA